CCAUCAUCCGCUGAGAUGGAUGCCGAGGGCAGGAACCUGCGAGAUCUGCUGCAGCAGGCUGAGCAGCUGACGGCCGACAUGAUCGGCGAGGAAGAGUUGCCGCGCAUCCGGCGCAACCUGCACCAGAUGAUCGACGCGGGAGACAAGAUCUAUUCGCGGGUGAUGCACGCCAGCAGUAGGGAGGCGGCCGACGUGAAAGCGUCAUUGUUGUUAGGUUCAAAAGGAUACGACAUGCCUAAAAUCUCACAGAAGUUAGAAACUCUGAGUGUUGCUAAGACAUUUGAGCCACUAGAACCAGUGAGAGAUGUCGACAUUCAAGCAUUCCUCAGGAACGAGCGAGAGAAUGCUAUCCUGUCUGUCAUUGAGGAAUCACGCAAGCAGACGUUUGCCGAUGUGGAGACAAGUUACUUUGAGACACUGGAGAAUGAGUGGGAGCAGGAGAAGCAACGAAUUCUCAAUGCCCUCAUCGGUAGCUCUGGAGAGUUCCUUUCCUUUCCCCAGGAUAAUGAGGUCUCAAUAAGUGAAGUUGAUAUGAAGACAAGGAGUUCAUUGAAUAAUGUCGAGAUGGCGUACGCAAGACAGGUGUACAAGUACAAUGAGAAGGCUAUUCAAGGAGGCACACUACCUAACAUGGUGGACUUGUUUACAGAGGUGGCAAAGAAAACGGAAGACCAGACUAUAGAGGAAGUAUGGAGCAUGGUUCAACAUAUAACCGAGGUUCCAUUAACAGCUAGUGACAGUACAGUAUCACUGCGCACAUGUAAGGACAGCCAACUCUGCUUCAUUAAUCAGGCUCGCAAAUACCUGGAGGGAAGUUAUAAGAAGUACAUCGAAAAGACUGUGUACAGCAACCUGCAGCAAGCCAAGCUUGGCGGCGUGCCGGGAACUGUCAACUUGAUCAAAAGCUUCCUGAACAUCACCCUUCCUGCCGGCAUGCCUGGCUUAGAGGAGAUCUAUGUAGAGGAUCAACCAAUAUGGCCAAUGAUUUACUACUGCCUCCGAUGUGGAGACUUGCAGGCUGCGUUACAUGUUACCAAUGUCGUACAACAGCAAUUGGAUGAAUUCCCAGCAUUCCUGACAGAGUUUGUGCACAGUCCACUGAGAAGAUUAAGUCAUAGCAGUGAUUCAAAGCUGAAGCUUCUCUAUAGGAGAUCAGUGCGGACCAGCCCCGAUCCAUACAAACGUCGACAUACAGGCUUACAGCUGUUAUCAGUCGAUCCGUCCGACCCGACACCAAUGAAGCGGCUCAACUUUGCAAGACUCAUCAAGAUGUACACUAGAAAGUUUGAGGCAACUGAUCUGCGCGAGGCACUCCAGUAUUUCUACUUUCUCCGCUCACUGAAGGGUACCUCCGGGGAGAAUCUGUUUGUAUCGUGUAUAAGUGAGUUGGCUUUGGAGACUAGAGAGUACGAGCUACUGUUAGGACGCAUGCAGGCUGAUGGAUGCCGCAAGCCAGGAUGUGUGGAGAAGUUUCAGGAAGAUACGGUGAAGAUUGUGGAGUUUGUGGCCAAAAAUGCCGAAGAUCGUGGUUUGUUUGAAGAUGCUGUCAAGCUUUAUGAUCUCUGCAAGUUUGAUGAGAAUGUUCUGGAGAUUAUGAAUAAGAUGUUGAGUCAGGUUGUAUCACAGCCGCCAGCACAACUCUCAUCACGUGACCGACUACGCUCUCUCGCGACCUCGAUAGCUGAGAGGUAUAAAGUUCAAGGUCACACAGGAACUCAGUCGACGGCGGGAACAUUCUUUUUGUUACUUGACCUUAUGACCUUCUUUGACCUGUACCACAACAGGAAGCUUCAAGAAGCAAUAGAUACAAUGCAGCAGCUGAAGUUGAUACCAUUAGGUACACAGGACAUCGAAGAGAAGAUCAAUAGCUUCCGACAGCUAGCAGAGGAGGUGCGCAGAGUCAUGCCAGACAUUCUGCUUGCUGUGAUGGCAAUUAUGCAAGAGCAGCACAAAGCAGUUAGACAGCCAGGAUUUCAACAAGUUUCUAUCAGCUCCCAGCUCUACCCUCAUGAUGAUGGUGGCAGGCAAAAGUACGUGGAAUACCUGAGGAAACAGGCACGGGGAUUGAUCACAUUUGCCGGGAUGCUUCCCUACAGACUCCCUGGCGACACCAACGCCCGACUCGUGCAAAUGGAAGUCCUUCUCAAUUGAGUGAAAGGGCGCUGCUUCUGCUGUUGCUGGCCGAGUAAGGUCGAAACGACUGUCGCCCCUACGCGCGACCCCUCCCCCCCCCUACGCGCUGCACAACGGCCAUCACUCACUUCACUGUGAUCUCUCGGGUUUAGUCGAGUGACGUGUAGUAGACACACGUCUUAAGUUCGAUAACCAGGCUGCACGUUCGCGAUUAUGCUGGCAGAA